AUGAGUCAAGCAGCCCGAAAGUCCAUUAUCCUCAAUUUUGAGUGCACCUUGCUUUUCUCUUCUUGGUGGGAAGACAAAUGGACUAAGAAGUAUGGAGGAGAUUUGAAAGAGACUCACGAUCGCCUUUUCAACCAACUUUCUCUUAAGUCAUACCCUAGCUCGGGCGAACUUGAAAAUUGGAAGGAAAUGAUUCAAGAGGAGAAUCGGUCACUUCUGAUAGGUACUUCUCUUUCAACUCGAUUUGGCUUCCCUUCUGAAGUCCUUCUAUCCUUACUUUUGCUGAAUUUUGCAGCUCCAGUGGAUGUUGAAUCGGAAGUCAUUGAAUCCGAAGAUGACUCUGCUGAUGCUGCAAUUCUUCAUGGAGCUGCCGCAGAAGCUGGGAGACGAGAAGCUGGGGAGGGUGCAGAUGUCUCAGAAUCCUUUGGGGAUUCAGGAGCUGAAGAAACACCUGAAGCUCUUAUCAAAGCAACUAAGAGAAAGAAAGCGGCGGUGACUAAGACUUCAGAUCCUGAUCCAGUACCUCUACCCAAAACCACCCGACCAAUUCUUACUAGAAAAAGUAAGAGAGCAAGAACUACCGCUCCUCCUAAGUUAUCAGCUCCAUCAGUUCUUGAGGCCGGCAGAAAGAAGCAACAAUCCUCAAGACCCCAAGCAUCUAAAAGACCAAUCCUUGCUUCUAAGGAGGAACCACUAAGAGCUGCAAUACUCAAAAAGGCCGAAGAUCUGCGAAAUACUGCCCUCAGAGAACUUGAGGCCGCAAGAAAGGAAAAGCUUUCUUCGCCCGAAGCCUCUCCACCAUUUGCCCGAGAGACAAGCCUACCUCCUUCUCAGGUCGACCCUGCAGAGCCUUCUCCAGUAUAUGGGCCACCCCCUUCAAUAGUGGUUACAGAUGAUGAACCCAUAGUCCAUGAGAUCCCUGUAGCUUCCGAGGUAGCAACCUCGCGGGUAUUUGCUUGCCCGACAGUUGAUAAACCUCCUUCUCCUCCUCAAGACCAAACUCAGGGCACUGGUACAGGUUCAGGUGCAGCUCAUCAUUCUCCUGCUGGUGGUGCUGGUGGUGAGGAACCUUCCCGCCAACCAAGAAUUAGUCCUCUUCCUGGUGAAACCCCAGGGCUGAGUCAGCAAGUUUCAAGAGAAACUUCUCCCCCCCAUUUGGUCCGCAAAUCAAAGCGCUCUCAUCCUCACUCUUCUGGAGGUACUGCGAUUCCCCCUUCUGGUAUUGAGCAGGUCGGGCAGGCAGAAAUUGCCCCCUCAAUGGGCAUUCCUUCAUUAGAGGAAGCUGCAGUGCAGGAUUCUCCUUCUUUCACACCUCCACGCCCUGCUAAGUUGCCCAGACUGUUCGAAGCACUUGGACGGCUUGAGACGCGGUUGAAAUCAUUAAGACAAUCUUCAGCUACCCCCAUUUCUUCAGAGCAAAAGCGAGUCCUUCAGGAAUGGGCAAGGAAGGACUUCACCGCUUCAUUCAGCCUUAGGGCUCUUUGUGAUUUGGAGAAGAUCAUAACUGAGUCUUUCAAAACCGGUCGGCUAUCAAAGUCUCAACAUGAUUCUUUUCUAUCCUUCUUUGAGAACUUGAGAGCCCUUAGGGAACAAUACCAGAGAGCGGACAGACAGGCUAAUCGGGCAAAAUGCUUCAUAGAGAAAGAAUCAAGCACCUCUGCCCAAAUUGAUCGGAGGAUGGCAGAAAGCUUACAAACAAAAGAAAGGGUUAGAGUUGUCACUUCUAAAAUCCAAGAGCUGGAGGAACAAUUGGUUGCCCUCAAAGCAGAACAAGCAACUCUUCUAGAUACCCUUGAAAAUCAAAUUGAGGGGGUGGAGAAGUCAAAUUCGGAGUUAGAGCAUGCCCGGUCUCAACUUGUGAAUAUCCAUACUGUUUUGGCCGAACCCAGUAGGAUAUUUACCAUUAUGCAAACAUAUCAUUCCCGAAUAAUCACCCUAUGUGAAGAUGUAAAUUUUUUAGAAUAUGAUGAUUUGUAA